UGCUCCUCACCCAUCACCACCCGUCAGCGGAGACGUCGCCCUCGUCAACCGCCGUCCACCACUGCACGCCCCGCCGCAACAUGGUUCCUCCUGAAGACGCACAAAUGCGCCAGCAGCGCUGUGCAGAAUAUCUUCCUUCGCUACGGCCACACCCACAACCUGACCUUUGCCCUACCCUACCGGCGGCAGAUAAACUAUUUCCACCCGCUGGAGGCCUUCCAUCCUGCCAUGGCACUACCACUGGAAGCACCCUCCUCUUCCUACAAUAUCCUGUGCCAUCACACCCGCUACUCCCCGGCCCUCGCCGCCUUCAUGCCGCCGGACACCGUCUACAUCACCAUCCUCCGAAAACCAGCCGCCUUGUUCGAGUCCGCCUACAGCUUCUUCAACCUGGCCAAACGCUUCGGCGCCAAUCUCACCACCUUCCUCCAGCACCCCCGAAAAUACUACACCUUCCGCACGAACACCAUCUGGAGCCGGUUCGGCCGCAAUCCCGCCAUGUACGACGCCGGGUUGGAGGUCCGCCACUUCGACAACGACACGGCCAUUGCAGCGAAGAUCCGGGAAAUGGACGAGCGGUUCGACCUGGUAAUGCUGGCGGAGGAGAUGGAGGCGUCGCUGGUGCUGCUGCGGGAGCUCCUCUGCUGGGAGUGGCAGGACGUUGCGACCUUUCGGGUCAACGCCCGUCCACCGGCCAUGCUCACCGCACUGACCGAAACGGAGGUGGAGAAGAUUAACGAGUGGAACCACGCCGAUACGUUGCUGUAUGAGCACUUCCGCCGGAAGUUCCAGGAGCGGAAGGUGCGGUUUGGGGCGGAGCGGUUGGCCGCGGAAGUGAAGAUCUUGAAAAGCGUCACCGAUUACUGGCGGAGUGAAUGUCGGGGAGCAUUGGUCAGUAGGGAUGAGAAGGCCGUGACCACGUGCCUGAACCUCCAGCGACACGAAAUAAUCUACACGGAUCUGUUGCGCGCUCGGCAGCAUCCACUCCGACAUCGCCAUUAACAUACGCUGCCGGUAGCGCGUUUUUCUGCGGAAGCCGUCACAAGUCGUCACUGCAUGCAGCAAUCAGAUCGUAUCAUACCGAAGCGGCCACCACUGACACCAUUGCGGCUGCAUUUAAAAAUGGGAUAAUCAGAGAAAUGUACGAGUAUAAAUGUAUUUGUGAUGUUUUGGGUGCUAGUAUUAACCAUGACUGUGCUAGUAUUAAUUACCAGUGAUGUUUAUGUGAUGUUUUGUUCGUGUUUGGUUUUUAAAAUAAUGUUAAGUAGUGUUCCGCGAAUACACCCUACUCUCCCCAGUAUUGUUUUUACUAAUACGGCCAAAUAAAUGGCAGUAUAAGAGCUGUU